GGUCAACGUCGUGACACAUAUGAUUUUGAUCAUAAUCCCCAUUCCAAUGAUUCGGAAACUGCAAAUGGGACGACUCCAGAAGAUUGGCUUGAUGGGACUCUUUGCGUUCGGAUGCGCUAUUAUUCGGAAUAUCGCAGCCAACUUGAUAGUUCUCUGUGCAAGCUUGCCCUUCUUGAAGCAAUUCCUUCGUGCCCACGCCCCUGGGCUUUUCAGCAGCAGUGAUCGCAGAAAGGUCCAUUCCACCCAAACGUCUCGAUCCCGAGGAUUCGUCAGGAAAAGCCUCGUACGAUUGGACACAGCGUCCUCCGCCCAACUGAGAUAGAAUGGACUGAGAAUUGGGGAAAGGAGACUCUGAGGACAGGAGACCGGUUGCCGGGAGAUGACGC